CUCAGAUCCACCACAAGCUUGCCAAACAAAUUCUUCCCCUCUCCCUGCUCACCACCAGUUUAUGGCCCAGUCCUCAACAAUGGGACCACCUCUCUCACCACGAGAAACACGACGUUCAGGAAGACGUUCUGCUCCAUCUGCUUCAGCUAGUACUUCCAAAUCUCCAGACUCACCGGCCUCUGAGUCCCUCCCUCGAACAAAGGAGCCUAUCACACGUCCUGCUAUACUUUCCAACAGCAGCAACAACCGCACAAAGCGUCUGAAGCAAGAGGAUCCCGAAGAGCCUGUCCCUACUAAGAACGCUCAUACCAAUGGCACCAACUCUACCCAUGGGAACUCAAACGGGCGCGCAAAGCGCAAGGCCAACGGCAAGGACAAAAACCUGACAUCCACUGACCAGUUGAUCGAAUCAGCUUCCACUAAACUCAGCAAUUCUAAUACUGGAAGCGCCGCUGACCCACAAGACGAUGACCCAGAGGAACAGGGUAUCACGCGUUGCAUAUGUGGCCAGAAUGAGGAAGAUGCCGAUGCAGGAGAGUUCAUGGUCCAGUGUGAAACCUGCAAUGUCUGGCAGCAUGGCCUGUGCAUGGGGUACCAGCAUGAAGCGGAUCUCCAGGACGAAUAUCACUGUGAACAAUGCAAGCCUGAGCGUCACCAGGACCUUCUGAAGAGAUUAGCCAAAAAACCUCGCCAAUCAUCUGCCAACUCACACCAGACCGCUUCGCGUCUGUCACGAUCACACUCUCCAACACACCUUUUGAAACCACCCAAACGAAGGAACACGAUGAACAGCCGCGACGCGGCGUUUGAUGAGAGCUUAAAAGAGAUCAUUGAAGCGACGGCAGCAGAAGCUGCAGCCGCGACAGAACCUCAUCCCGCUCAAACAAAUGGGAGUGUCAAUGGUCAGGCUGAAAGCCACGAAGAUCAAGAUUCAAACGGUCGCAAAAAGCGCAAGCGUACAGAGGACGACGUUCUGCCUAAGAAACGUACACGAUCGGCCUCGACUGCCUCUGAUCAUCAGCCAGAAGUAGUUACAGUCGUGCCAGAGGAGAUACCAGCUCCUCCAGCCAAAAAGGCAGGUGGCGGCGCGAAGUCCGGCAACCGCAAUCGAAGAGGUGGUGGAUCGCGGAAGACAGCAGUUGUUAAUCAAGAUGCAGUCGCUGCUGUUGUUGAAGGUGAAGAAGUUGCCGGCCCCAGUAAGCGACCUACGGCAAGCGUCCGGAACAAAACAAACCCCACACCCAAAAGACCACCUCCAUCUUCUCACGCUGGGAGCGUGCCAGGUGACCCUACUAGGCGCGCCGGUGGAGUCACAGUUGCUAGUUCAGAGAACUCUCGCGCAUACCGCAAUUCCCAUGCUUAUGCUGUCUCGCAACAACCAAUGUUUACGUCAUGGAACUUACCAGACUAUCUUGCCCACCUGGAACCUAUGCUGCCGACAGACACGCCCCGUCCCCUGGAAGUCCGUGGUUCGGGCAUUGGGCCCAGGGAGUCGGUCGACCGGACCAUGGAGAGGGGUGUGAAGGUCAAAUGGCCCAGUAAACGAAUGAGCGUGGGGGAUAUGAACAAGCGCGUGCGCGCAUUGGUAGAGUGGGUGGGAAGGGAACAAGCCGGAGCGCUUGACCGCGGGCGUCGGAGGGAUGCACUGGAGAAGGCGCUGAGGGCAUUGAAAGCACAGGCUUCUAAUUCAACAAAUCCCUCACCUCAUGACGAUCGUGAAGUCGGUGGAGGAGACACCACGGGCUCACCUAUGGUUUUGGACGGUACCGCCACCAUCUCUGUUGACGGGUCCUCGGACACCAGUUAUGGGAAUGGGUCAGCGCCAUCGACGAUGAAGAUGAUGGAGGAACUGAUGGAGGAACUGAUAAGCUUCCAGGAACGGUUUGGUCCGGGCGUGAAGACGAGGGAGCGGGAACGAAGAAUGGUGUCAGGAUAAUCACGGACUGGGUGUUAAUCUUCAAUGUACCCCUCCCAUCACGUAUCACUACUCCCUGACUACUUCACUAGCAUAUCUUUGUAUUAUUGUGAUAUGGCACCAACUCUUGCAUCCAGCGUCA